CGGAGUGUGUUGGUAGUGCGCGGCCGAGUGCGCGUCCGCAGAGACGGUGCGAGGCGGACCGGGUGCACGCACGGACGAGGCCGACCCCCGAGCGCGCGCGACCAUGCCGAGCUCGUAGGCCGCGCCAGGCCGCGGAACCGAUGGUCGAUCGCGCGCAGGACAGCCAGCCGCAGCAGCGCCAGCGAGAGCCCAGCAUAGCAGCAGCAGCGGCGGCCGCCGCCGCCGCGGCAGACGCAGCGAAGCCAAUGACGAAGCUCCCGGGACUGACGUCGAGCCACGGCACGACGACGCUGAUCCACCGGUCGGGCCACUGCUACCAGCUGCACCGGCCGCACCUGGGCCUGGCGAGCCAGGAGCAGCAGCAGCAGCAGCAGCAGGGCGGCUGCGCCGCCGGCGCCGAGCAGCCGCAGCAGCCGCCGCACAAGAAGCUCAAGGCGGCCGGCGGCAGCGGCGCCGAGGCGCCGCUCGAGCUGACGCUCAGCGCCAAGCAGCAGCAGCAGCAGCAGCAGGCGCUGGCCACGAGCGUGCUGCUGCGCACGGUGCCGGGCGGCCUGGCGCGCCUCGGCAGCCCCGGCCACGUGGGCGGCGCGGGCGCCGAGGGCCGGCCCGGCCAGGCGGCCGCGAGCGCGCCGGCGCAGCAGCCGCGGGCGCGCGCGCCGCGCGCCCAGGGCCCGGGCCUGGGCCCGCCGCCGGCGGCGCGGCCGCGGCCCGAGGCCGAGCCCGCGCCCGUGAGCACGCACGUGAGCCGCCUGUACCCCGAGAUCCUGGCGCAGAUCUUCAGCAACCUGGAGGUGCGCGACCGCGGGCGCGCGGCGCAGGUGUGCGCGGCGUGGCGCGAGGCGGCCUACCACCGCAGCGCCUGGCGCGGCGUGCAGGCGCGGCUGCACCUGCGCAAGCACAGCUCGGCCGUGUUCCAGUGCCUGGAGCGGCGCGGCAUCCGGCGCGUGCAGGUGCUGUCGGUGACGACGCGCCGCCACGGCCUCGGCGACGUGUUCCGCGGCGUGCCCAAGCUGCAGGCGCUCGACCUGUCGGGCUGCUACCACCUGUCGGACGCGAGCCUGGGCAGCGCGCUGCAGCAGGACUACCCGGGCCUGGCCGAGCUGGACCUCAGCCUCUGCAAGAACCUGACCGACCUGAGCCUCGGGCGCAUCGGCCAGCACCUGCGCGGGCUGCAGGUGCUGCGCCUGGGCGGCUGCAGCAACGUGACCAACCAGGGCCUGCGGCUGAUCGCCUGGGGCCUGCCCAUGCUGCGCCGCCUGGACCUGCGCAGCUGCUGGCUGGUGAGCGACCAGGGGCUGGCGCACCUGGCGGGCCCGGGCCCGGAGGCGGGCCAGGAGGGGGGCGCGCGCCCCGGCUGCCGGCGCCUCGAGCACCUGGGCCUGCAGGACUGCCAGCGCGUCACGGACGAGGGCCUGCGCCACCUGGCCGUGGGCCUGGCGGCCAGCCUGCGCUCCAUCAACCUCAGCUUCUGCGUGCUCGUCACCGACCUGGGCAUGAAGCACGUGGCGCGCAUGCAGGCGCUGCGCGAGCUCGACCUGCGCAGCUGCGACAGCAUCGGCGAGCUGGGCCUGGCGUACCUGGCCGAGGGCGGCUCGCGGCUGGCCAGCCUCGACGUGUCCUUCUGCGACAAGGUGGGCGACCAGGCGCUGGCCCACCUCAGCCAGGGCCUCUUCGGGCUGCGCAGCCUCAGUAUGGCCGCCUGUCCCGUCAGCGACGAGGGCCUCUGCCGGCUGGUCAAGGCGCAGCGCGACCUCGAGACGCUGCUCGUCGGCCAGUGCAGUCGGCUCACCGACCGGAGCGUCUUCGCCAUCCUGGACCACCUGCCGCGGCUGCGCCAGAUCGACCUCUACGGCUGCACCAAGAUCUCCAAGUUCGCGCUCGACCGGCUGGAGCUCAAGUCGCCACGGCUGGCGCUCAACCGCGACCUCUGGCAGGAGCGCCGGUGAUGACCUCUGCCCAGCGCAUCACGUUGAGAGAGCAGUCCUCGUCGGCGGCAGCAGCAGCAGCAGCGGCGGCGGCGGCAGCGGCAGCAGCGCCAGCGCGCGACCACGACGGCGGCGCUGGAGCGUCGCUGAAGGACAUUCCGCCGGGCCAUGAAUGCAUGCAGCAGCCGCGAGCGCCGCGGCAGCGGCUCAACCUGUUUCUGUCGCGGCCAGCAUGUAUAAUGCACGAGCGGGGCCCGCUUUGGUCCGGCGGCCGGCCGCUCGAUCGACAAAUGAUCAUUGUACGCGUGUAAUCGAUUCCCCGGCCGAGCCGAUCCUCGCUUCCGCUCGGCCGUGUCGUCGUCGCCGGCCUCGACCACUCUCGACAUGUUCCUCUCGCGCGGAGCGGGCGCCGCCGACGCGCCGAGGCGGACAGCUCCCGGAGACUAAUCCAGCGACUCUAGUUUUUAUUGCUCAGCGAUUGUUAGGCUAGUUUCCGAAGCGAGCUUGCUCUCGUUUCUCUCUCUCGCUGUCCGUUCUUUGUCCUUGAUUUUUUCGCGGCGAUUGAUCGCGCUGCCUUUCUCUCUCUCUCUCUCUCUCUCUCUCUCUCUCUCUCUCUCUCUCUCUCUCUCUCUCUCUCUCUCUCUAUCUCUGUUCCUCCCUCUCUGGCGCGCCGCGGCGGCCCGUUAUUUCGGGGCCGCGUGCGCGGCCGUUACCUGCGUUAGUCAUGUGCGAUCGUAGUUGCUCGGCGGUCGACGCCAGGCUUGGCCGCCCCCGCGGCGAGACACUCGGCGUCGCCAGCCCUUGCAAAACGCGCUAAGUGCUCCGCGCAGCGCCAAAGAGAGCCACUCCGCCGAGCAGCCAAUUUCUUUUGAGCGCGCGGGCAGGCAGCGCCAGGGCGUCUGUCAGCGCUCCGACGUAAUUGUACGCUCGCCCGUACGUAAAAGGUGCCACACUUAGCAAUAAUUAAAAUUUAGAAAUUUUAAGUAAUUACUCCGUUGCCUCUGCCCGCCGCGGCGCCAGCGGCAGGCAUCGAUCUAUCUAGGUUAAUCGAGCACAUUUUUGUUACGCCAAAAAUUUUGUUCUUACCUUCCUCUGCAUGCCUUCGUUGUACAUAUACUCCUGUGUUUAACUAGCAUAGCCUGUCAUUAUUAUUACUAUUAUUAUGAUUAUUAUUAUUAUUAUUAUUCUCCGAUUGCUUGCGCCAGCGACGCUCAUUGUUGAUUUUAUUUUUGACGACGGCGGCGAGCGCGAAUUGUUAUUUUUUUACGGCGAUCGCUCUUGUUCUUUGUUCGAUUCCGCGUUUCGUUAUAGGACCCUUCGUCGCGUUAGUCUAAGAGUCGUCGGAUAAGAAGCGCCCAGAGGAAUAGUUAUUUUAUAAUAAGUCCGACAACGACACGCUUAGCAAUACACUUUGGGAGCGCUAAAUGAAAGGGUGGCGCGCGCGACGACGACCAGUGCAUUAUUCAGAAAGCCGUUCCUUCCUGCCUUCCUUUCUCUGUCUUUUAAAUUGUCGAGCGGCGUGUAGACACGAGCGCGCACAGCACACACAGGCUCGAGGCGACGGCGGACGGGGCUGCUUUUUUAUGCGCAACGUAUUCGCCGAGGAAAAACAUCGAGUAUUCCGUUAACGACUUUUUCUCUCCGUCUCGCUCGCUCGCGGAAAAAGAGGAAGGAAGAAGUGUGCGCAGCGCCUUCGGAGCGAGGCGAAAGAGAGUAAAAAGGAAAGAAGACCCCGAGGGGGUGAGUGUGCGCCGAAGAGAGAGAGAGAAAGAGAGAGAGAGAGAGAACCCUUUCCUCGACUCGCUCGCAUUUUCCCUCUCUGGCUUUUCCCGCUCUCGUCUAUUUCUCGCAGCGUCUCUCUCUCUCGCUCUCUCUCUCUCUCUCUCUCUCUCUUUCUCUCUGUAUCGAGAAUCGCCGGAUUUUUUCCUGGCCGAAGAAGGAAUAAUUGCUCCCUCCGCGCGAGGCUUCCGGUUCCGAGCAACAAUGCCCCGAGCGCUGCUGCCGUGGCCCUCCCCCCGAGUGAAAUGUGUAAGGAGAGAAAGGGAGCAGUAGCUCGUGCAGAGAGGGAGCGCUGCUGAAAAAAAGAAGCAUUGAGCCAACGAGCGAGCGAGAGAAAGAGAAAAGAGUGGAAAAAAGCGCAAAGACACAUACACACACACACACACACACACGCACGCACGCGCGCGCACGCUCGCAGGAAAAGACAAGAGGCAUAAGACACACAAGACUCGACACUGUGUAUCGACCGAAAAGCCUCAGGGCCGUAGGUGCCUGCGUGUCAGAAGUGCAGGCGAGCAGGCAGCAGCGUCGCGAUGAUCGCCGAACUCGCGCUCGAUCUCGCUCUCCCGUGUCGUGUCUAGCGAGCAGACCAGUCCUCGGCGCUCAGCUGUUACUCGACGCUUUUCCCUCGGAGCUCGCGAGCGCGGCGGAGACGCUCCGCCACUCGAUAAUGCAAAUUUACAGCUCGCAGCUGAUUCAGCGAUGCGUCACGCGCGGCGAUAAGGCCGCGCACGCACGCGCGGAGAAACGAAAUACAAUAGCCCGGCGAAUAAUAUCAGCAGCUCUUUCCAUUUCUCCUUCCGCGGCUCUCGCCCGCCUGCGUCUCGCCUUGCUCUCUGUCCUCUCCGCGCGGAUCGGCUAGUUUUUUCUGCCGUCACGAGCUCGGCGCCCCCUCGGCCUACGGGCCUGAUCUCCGCCGUCGAGUGCGCGUACCCACACACACUCACACACACACACACAGACACACACACAUCGCGAGAGAGCGCAAGAGAAAGAGCGCGUAGGCAUGUACGAGCGGCAAUGCAUUUAUGUAACUGACAAUGAGAUAAUUUUGCGAUGCGCGAUCGAUGCGCGAUCGAUGUGGAAUGCGCCGAAUCGAAGGAAGACGUAGCAUGUAUACGAAAUAGACGGAGGGAGAAACUGCGUGCAAGUGUGUGCGUGUAAAUAGCGAGAGAGAGAGAGAGAGAGAGAGAGAGAGAGAGAGAGAGAGAAAACAAGAGGCGCGUUAUAUAGUGUACAUGUAAUGCGAGCAACGAACGAUAGGCGUAUUAUCUCUGUUCGUGUGCGUGAGUGCGAUGUGUGCGUGCGCGUAGGCGACCGAGAGAGAAAGCGAUGCGCGGCGCCGCGUUGCCCCGCGUUGCCCCGCGUGCGAGUGCGACCAUAGGCGGGUGCGCGUUUAGACGUAUCAUAGGACGAUUUCGCGUCCAGUUGUCACUGCGAUCGGACGACGUCCACCUCUCUCUCUCGUCUUCUCUCUCGUCUUCUCUCUCUCGCUCUGUACCUCCGCGUUCUCUCUUCUUUUUUUUAUAUACCUUCGACCCGCUGCGUUCGCCCCUCGCGUAUACUGUAAUUUGCAUUGUAAAUAAACCGAGCAGCAUAUUCUCACAGCCACACACCUACACAGCGACACACCGACACACACACUGCGAAAUGUAUGACCAUGUGUAAUUGUAAAUAUGAAACAACAACAAAGGAACAUGAAAAAAUGUUUGUUAAAUAUAGAAUAUGUUACGUUUUCU